CAGCUCUGCUUCCAAAAAGGAGACCUAAUUUUAGUGACCCAGGCUAUAGAUGGCGGUUGGUGGGAGGGUACAUUGAAUGGGUUCACCGGAUGGUUUCCUAGCAAUUAUGUCACUGAUACCAUUGUAAAUAAUGGUGAGUUUUUGUGUUAG